AUGGCUCAGACACUUCUUUGGAUCGGCCUCGGCAACAUCGGCAGAGGUAUGUGUAAAAACAUUGCGGAAAAGUCCAAACUUGACAAGCCGCUCCUCAUCUACAACCGUACCACCAAGCGAGCCACAGAACUGAGCCAGAGCCUGCCCGCCGUCAAGACGCAGGUCGUCGAGUCGCUCGGGGACGCCAUCGCGCAGGCCGACAUCAUCUUUACGUGUGUCGCCAACGACCAGGCAGUGGAGGAGAUCUUCGCAGCCGCAGCCCAGCAGAAACUCGAGGGCAAGGUCUUUGUGGAGUGCUCAACCAUUGCUCCCGGUGCCUCAGAGGCGGCUGCGAAGGCGGUGCUGGACAAGGGCGCCGAGUUCAUCUGCGCGCCCGUGUUUGGAACGCCUGCCAUGGUGGCUGCCGGCAACGCGACCUUGGUGCUUGCCGGGCCCAAGGCCUCGAUCGAGAAGAUCCGGCCUUAUAUCGAUGCCAUGGCGCCUCGUGAGAUCAACAUGGCCGAUGAGCCGUACCACAAGGCGUCGACGUUGAAGGUGCUGGGCAACACCGUCAUCUUGGGUAUGGUCGAGCAGCUCGCCGAGACGUAUGUGGCUGCCGAGAAGAGCGGGCUCGGGACCGGGUACAUGAAGCAGUUUGUCGACGCCGUGUUCGGUGGCAGCCCUUACCCUGCGUACUCGGUGCGGAUGUUGGAAGGCGACUAUUACAAGAGGGAGGAACCGCUCUUCGCUGUUGAUUUGGCGAGGAAAGACGCCGGUCACGCGAUGGCUAUUGCCAAAGCCGCAGGUACACGGCUGCCGAAUACUGAAAACGCCGAUAGGCAUCUACAGAUUGUCAAGGAGCACGUAGGGCCGUCUGGCGACAUGGCCGGCAUCUACGGUGCUGUAAGAAAGGAAGCUGGGCUCAAGUACGAGAAUGACUCUUGA